AUGGAGUGCACCCACCCCACCUCACACCUCUACAUCAGCCAGAGGAGUUGUGUGAGUCCUCCCUUCUCUCUGUGCAGGGGCCCACUCCCCCCCUCUAAAGCCCCUCUCAGCUCCCAGCGAAGACUGGGCUCCAACUGGGAGGAGGAGGAGGGUCCGGCUGGAAAUGUCAAGCCGGGUCAAGCAGACAAAUUCGGCCUCAUGGAGUUGAAAGACUCCCUCAAAGCCCCGGAUGACUCCUCCGGGAUCCGCUGGCUGACAGAGCUGUUGCCGCUCUGUGUGGAGUGUCAGACUUUCAUGAGCAUGGGGAACCAACAGGGUGCCGGUCGGGACACUUCGGCAAAACCCCCAAGGAUCCAGAUCCCCCGGGACAGAAGGAAGAGAGCAGAGGGGACAGUUAACGCAGGAGCCCUUCACCAUAACAUCAAGAUGUCCCCCGGGUCUCCUCAGGUGCCCUCGAAGGUAAAGAGGCCGACAAAGCUUCAGAUGUUGAGCUCCACUACGUCUGGAGAGUGGGACCUCAAGGUGGACAGGCCCAUCAGGAGAAAGGGAGUUUCUGUAAAGGACAAGGAGAACCAAAGCGCUCGGACACAGGAGGUAAAGCCGGUGUGGAGAGUGAAGCCGCCCGAUGCUGCGUCUGAGAAGGUUUCUAGAUCUAACGCUCAAAAAGCUUCUCUCUCCUACAAGAGGGAUUUACCCAGAAAGGAUGAAUGUGCAUCUCCUGACUCAGACACUGACCAGUCUGAAUAUGACAACGAGACGUCCUCGGCGUACAUCACUCAGCCUCGUCUCGACUCCAAUAGAAGGACAGAGGAGAGAACCGGGACCCCAGCAAUGGCCCAGUCCACCCAGUCAGGGAGUCAGACCCAUGAGGACAGGAAGGCAGAGGUCAUGGAGGUGAAGUCCCCUCAGCGGUGGUUUGAGGAGCUGGGGAAGAGGGCUGCUGCACGGCGGGUGAUGGGCAAAAUCGAGGAGGUCGAGGGAAUCAUACGAAGGGUGAGUCUCACGAGCUCGGACUGGAUCAAGGAGGCCAGUGAGGGCGAUGAAUCCCAGUUCGUCCCCGAUGGAAGAAAGGGAGACGAUCAUCUGCCACAAAGAUGCAGGUCUGAAUUCACGUCUGAUUCCCUGAGAGAGACACAGAACCAGGGUCACGCUGCAGACGAGCCUCUACCGGUGGAAGAACUUCGAGUCCUGUGUGAAGCUCUGAGCCAGAGCCUCCAUCAGGCUCUGAGGAUGGAGGGAGCGAAGGCAGAUAUCGAAGAUCUCAUAGAGGACAAACCGACCUUUUGUGAGAAGAAGCCAAAGGGAUCGAAAAGGGAGAAUAGACCAUCGCAUCUUUACGAGUGUUCAAACAGUUCUUCGCAGCCUCUUUCGAUUGAUAGAGAAACUUCCCCAGUAUUGUCUGGGACCCUGUCUACAGUCCUGGAUGUUUCUCCACCAACAUCCAGCAGCUUUGACGUCGUGUCCCCGAUUUUGUCUCCUUUGUUUUCGUCCUCUCUGCCUCUAGACCUGACUGAUCAGCGUGAGGAGGACAUGUGUCAGAGUCACACAGUGCAGACAAAAUCAGGAGAAGACAGUUUAUUCUCCGGUGCCAAGGAAAAGGGUGAGAGGAAUCCAAAGAGGAAGUGGUCAUGGUCGAGCCCCGGGCUGGGUGAAGACAUUCAGACAGACGGACGCACCAGUGAGACAGAGGACAACCAGGAGUCAUCCUCAGACGAAGCUCUCCAGAGGCUGGAGGAGAUCUGGCAGCAGGAGGUGGAAGAGUCUUUCUCCUUCAGUCGGUUCCUCUCUCAUCCGUCCAGACCCAAACACAUCGACUUCCUGCGAAUCACUGCUGCUGAGGAUGACAUCACUGAUUCCCCCACAGCCACACCGCUGCCCCCGGAGGUCAGGUCAGAGGCUUCCACUCCGGGGGAGGGAGAGGAGCGGACUCCUGGUCGUCUACAAGCCGUCUGGCCGCCAGUCAAGGAGGAGAAAGUCGGGCUCAAGUACACUGAAGCAGAGCAUCAGGCGGAUCUGCUGCAGCUGAAGAGAGAAUGCAAAGAGGAGCUGGAGAAGUUACAGGAGGAGUUCGGUCGGGAGCUUUCCAGACUUCGGGUGGACCACGAGGACAGCGUCGCCCGUCUGGAGUCCACCGUGGCCGAGCUGCAGGCCCGACUCUCCCAGGCCGGGAGCCAGACCAGAGGGGAAGUGAGAGACGUCUCCGUGUCCACUGGAGACGACUGUCUACAAAAGUCUUUCCGCACCGUCUGCGUCCAGACGGACAGAGAGACCUUCGUCAGAACCCCAGAGGAUGGAGAGGGCGCAGAGACAAGUCCCCGGCCGCAGAAGGUGACCCCCAGAAAGCUGGACCUGGCCUCCAUCAGCCUGAGCCUGGCCGGUCAGUGGGAGGACACAGCGCCCCCUGGGCCUCCAUCACAGACUCUGCCUGCUCUUGGAGCCACGGUCCAUCAAACAGAACAAGCACCAGCCCCUGCUGAGGCAACGCUAACACACAAAACACACAAUCUUCUUCCUCCUCCUCCACCUCCUCCUCCUCCACCACCUCCUCCAUUCACACCCCCUCCUCCAUCCAUGCCAGGCUCAGCCCCACCUCCUCCUCCUCCACCACCACCACCACCGCCUCCCCUAUCCAUGCCAGGCUCAGCCCCCCCACCUCCUCCUCCUCCAGGUGGAGGUUUCUUAUUGGAUAAACCUCCCAGGAAAGAAGCGGUGGAGCCGUCCAGACCCAUGAAGCCUCUUCACUGGACCAGGAUCCAGAUGCAGGACAACAACAUCGACACACUGUGGAACCUUAUAGAAGAACCGAACAUAAUCAACGCCAGCGAGUUCGAGGAUCUUUUUGCCAAAAGCACGACACAGACCAAGAGGAAGCCGCUGUCUGAGUCGUAUGAGAAGAAAGCCAAAUCCAGGAAGAUCAUUAAGCUGCUGGACGCUAGGCGCUCUCAGGCCGUGGGCAUCCUCAUAUCAAGCCUCCACCUGGAGAUGAAAGAUAUUCAACAAGCUGUGCUGACUGUGGACCACUCUGUUGUGGACCUGGAGACCAUUGAAGCUCUUUAUGAAAACAGAGCUCAGCCCGAGGAGCUGGAGAGGAUCAAGAAACACUACGAGAUGUCAGAGGAGGAGAAAGUCAAACUCCUGGACAAACCCGAACAGUUCCUCUAUGAGCUGUCCCAGAUCCCAGACUUUGCAGGAAGAGCUCACUGCAUCAUCUUCCAGUCGGCGUUCAUCGACACCAUCGGGUCCGUCCAACGCAAGCUCAGCACAGUCUCCUCCGUGUGCAAGGCCCUGGUGGAGAGUAACGACGUGCGGGAGAUGAUGGGACUGGUGCUGGCUCUGGGGAACCACAUGAACGGGGGCAGCAGGACCCGGGGUCAGGCUGACGGCUUCGGCCUGGAGAUCCUCCCCAAGCUGAAGGACGUGAAGAGCAGAGACAAUCGCAUCAGCCUGGUGGACUAUGUGGUGUCCUACUACCUGCACAACGUGGACAAGAGCGCCGGCACAGACAGGAGCGUGUUCCCCCUCCCUGAACCCCAGGACGUAUUCCUGGCAGCACAGGUCCGGUUCGAUGACCUCAACAGGGACGUGAGGCAGCUCGGACGAGACCUCACAAGAUGUGAGAACAGUGUGAAGGAGGUUUGCAACAAUUCACCUGAAGAACAUCUGCAGCCAUUCAAAGACAAGAUGGAGGCUUUUGUUCUCAGUGCACGAAAGGAACAUGCAGAAACUUCCUAUCAGAUGGUGACUGUGCAAAAAAGUUUUCAGGACUUGGUUCUGUACUUCGGUCUGAAGCCGAAGAGCGGAGAGAAGGACGUGACUGCCGCUCACUUCUUCAUGCUCUGGUUCGAGUUUUGCGGCGACUUCAAAGUCAGGUGGAAGAGGGAGAAUAAGACGAUCUCUAACGAGAGGUUAAAGGAGGCUCAGCUCUCGGUGAAGCGAAUCACUGCCGAGAAAAAAGUGGAAACGAGGAAGAUCAACGGCAACAGCCUGAAACAACGACUGCGUCAGAAAGAAGCCAACAUGUCUUCAACUUGAGAGAUUUCACCUCUAACUUCACGUCAGCCACACAACAACCUCCUGCCCGGAUCAGACACCGAUAUCCAUGUUGAUUUAAUUUGUGUGUAUGUUUGUUUACAGACUGAGUUUGCCUGAUAUUCUUACAUUUCCAAGAAAAUACUGAAUAUGUGUUGAAAUUUAAAGAGACUGGAACAAUCUUUUGUGCAAUAGGACAAAUGUAACUGUGUACUUUACAUAAUUCUGCAGUAAUUCUUAUAUGUAUUGUCAAGAAUCUUUUACCGCACUUUUUUCCACAAAUAAAAAAAUCACUGAUCACAAAUGA